UGCUGGGGAACUAGCGGGGCUGCUAGGCGCUUCUCGGGAAGUUUCCCCCCUCCGUGGAAGAGGCGAGGCUUUGCAGCCUGCAAGGACAUGCCGAGGGUCUUGCGUUAAAGCUUGUCCAAAGGGAGGGAGUCAGCGCCGCGUUGCUCGGAGGAGAGAGCUGGCAGAUGUCCCGAGCGAGAGAAACUCUUCCUCCAGGGCCUGAAGGGCCAGCGCGCGCAGCUCCGGCUGAACGCAGCCUUUUGAUCGCACUCCCUCGAGAAAAAUCUGAAGACAGAAUGGCUGUAGAGGAGCGAGAGAUAACAGAACCUUCAAAUAACCAAAACAUACAAGCAAAUACACAAGCCCAGUCAGUGUGGGAAAAUAAUGCUCAUGAUGACCUCGUCAGAACCCAGCCUGAACGUUUGCCUCAACCGAGUACUUCACCACUUGAAAAGCACAAGGAAGAAACUGGCAGAAUACAAAAUGGCCAUGCGGUUCUGAGUAAUGGAAGUGGAAUUUACAAUGGAGUCAAACUCGUAGCAAAAGAUAAUAGAAAAUUCUCAGCACCAGUUUCCCAAAAAAUGCACAGAAAAAUUCAGUCCAGCUUGUCUGUCAGCAGUGAAAGCAGCAAGAAAAGCUCUGCAUAUUCUCAUAAGCCGUCUUCACCCGAAGAUUGCUGCGUUCACUGUAUCUUGGCCUGUUUGUUCUGCGAAUUCGUCACCCUCUGCAGCCUUGUCUUGGGACAAGCAUCAUGUGGUGUCUGCCCAUCAGAGGCCUGUUGCUGCUGCUGUGGGGAGGAAAUGGGAGAUGACUGUAACUGCCCAUGUGACAUGGACUGUGGCAUAAUGGACGCAUGUUGUGAAUCAUCAGACUGCUUGGAAAUCUGCAUGGAAUGUUGUGGGAUUUGUUUCCCAUCCUGAGACACUUCACAAAUUCAUGCUUAUAAUUGUUUAAAAAUUUUGUUUAAAAACUGGAGAGGGUCUUUUUUUAAAAAAAGAAACCCAUAGGAAAGACACUGUUAGAAUCUCUCACAGCAACCUAGUUCUGUGCACUGUUAACUUUUUAAAAAGAAUUGUGGAAAAGCAAACCAAUAAGAACUAAUUGGGUGGCGAUCUCGUGUGUGAACUUUUCUGUGCCUUGAUGUUGCCUAUGUAAAGGGUUCUGCCAUUUGCUUGCACAGGCAAAAGUACCAUUUUGUAGCUGUACAUGAAUUAAGUCAGGAAAGUCUGAGCCAUUUAGAAUUUCCUAAAAACAUAAAGAGCUGAUCACUUCUGUUAAAGAAAGCGUCUCAGAACAGGUGGGAAACAGCAAAGUUGGAAUAAAGUGACUGUUUUCAGACUUCCACUUUACUGCUGAUCUCAAUGUUAAAUUACUAGUAUUGCUGUUUUAAAACAAAUACUUUAAGUAGAAUUGUUAUCUGUCUUUAUAGUUCAGGGUUGGCCAAACUUGCUUAAUGUAAGAGCCACGUAUAAUAAACAUCAGAUGUUUGAGAGUCACAAAACAUGAUGCGUUGCAGUGGCUUCAGAUGAAGAGGCAGGUUUGGGGGAGUGUCCUGCAAAUCACAUCACAGGAAGGGGUGGGGGUUUGGUGCAGUAUGCUGGAAGUGACAUCCUCAGAAGGGGUGGAGCUUGGGAAAACCCAUCACCCUUGUCACAUCCUUGCUAGGCUUCACCCCCAAAGUUCCUAGGUUUUUUCUGUCUCAGACUUGGCAACCCCAACAUUUUUAUUGAAAAUACGAAAGACAUGGAAGGAAGGAAGGAAGGAAGUAAGGAAGGAAGGAAGGAAAAAAGGAAAAAAGGAAAAGGGAGGGAAAGACAUGGAAAGAAUGAAGGAAAGG